AUGACCACCUACACGUACAGCCUAGUCAUCAAGUGUCCCCAGCCCAAGACCCUAGACGAGUUCACCGUCAUCCAGAACCUGCAGCCUCAGUACCAAUCGGACUACUUCAUUGCUACCUGCAAGCUAGGCUACCAGCUCAUAGAGGGGAACCAGGUGCUGCACUCCUUCACAGCUGUCUGCCAGGAUGACGGCACAUGGCAUCGUGCCAUGCCCAGAUGCAACAUGUGUGGGAAGCCUGGGCACCCUGUGGAACAGAGGCAGCACAUCAUCGGAGGGCAAAAAGCCAAGAUGGGCAACUUCCCCUGGCAGGUGUUCACCAACAUCCACAGGCACAGGGGCGGGACCCUGCUGGGCGACCGCUGGAUCCUCACGGCUGCCCACACCCUGUAUCCCAAGGAACACGAUGCACAAAGUAAUGUCCCCUUGGAUGUGUUCCUGGGCCAUACAAAUGUAGAAGAGCUCAUGAAGCUGGAAAGUCACCCCAUCCGCAGGGUCAGCAUCCACCCGGACUACCGUCAGGAUGAGUCCCACAAUUUUGAGGGGGACAUCGCCCUGCUGGAGCUGGAAAAUAGUGUUACCCUGGGUCCCAACCUCCUCCCCAUCUGCCUCCCUGACAACGAGACUUCCUAUGACCUGGGCUUGAUGGGCUACGUCAGUGGCUUUGGGGUCAUGGAGGAGAAGAUUGCUCACGACCUCAGGUUUGUCCGUCUGCCCGUAGCUAAUCGAGAGGACUGUGAGACCUGGCUCCGGGGAAAGAAUAGGAUGGAUGUGUUCUCUCAAAACAUGUUCUGUGCUGGGCACCCAUCUCUAAAGCAGGAUGCCUGCCAGGGGGAUAGUGGGGGCGUUUUUGCAAUAAGGGACUGGAACACUGAUCCCAGGAUCCCUUCUAGCCCCUUCUGGGCUGGUCCAGUUUGAAGUAGGUUCCUUCGCUUCAACUCCUCUUGACCACUGGACAUUGUCUUUCCUCCCUGGCAUGAGCUGCUGACCCACCAGCCCAUUUUUUUCCGACCAAAGAAAAGUGACAAUUCACCUUCUUUAAAAAGCUAACUAUUUUCCUGAGUUUCACAA